UUACCCAUAGAUUUCUCUAGAGAAAAUUGAGUAGAAAAUAUAGAUGUUUUUCAAAAAGUGUACAAACCAUUUUUUCCCUGUUGUAGGUAACUAGCAAAAGCUGUUGCACUGAAUUCUGCUGUGAUCUCUAUCCUUUCCCUGACUUCAACAAUGGCCUUCAAGCACAAAAACACAAAACGAAUUGAAGGGCUCGAUGUCAAUGUGUGGGUUGAAUUUACUAAGGUGGCUGCAGACCCCUCAAUUGUUAAUCUUGGUCAAGGCCUUCCAGAUAUAUCCCCUCCUAGCUAUGUUAAAGAAGAGCUAGCCAAGGCAGCGACAGUUGAUAGGCUGAACCAGUACACCCGUGGCUUUGGCCAUCCACUGCUGGUGAAAACCUUGUCCCAGAUAUAUGAGAGGGUUUGUGGAAGGAAAAUUGACCCUUACACAGACAUCUUGGUCACAGUGGGAGGAUAUGGAUCUCUGUUUAGUGCAAUCCAGGGAUUAAUUGAAGAAGGAGAUGAAGUGGUUAUAAUAGAGCCAUUUUUUGACUGCUACGUACCAAUGGUGAAGAUGGCAGGAGCAAAACCUGUUUUUAUCCCAUUAAGAAAUAAAACUGCUAUUGGGAACUCUGCAUCUAGUGCUGAUUGGAUCUUAGAUCCCACUGAACUUGCAAGAAAAUUUAAUUCCAGAACAAAAGCUAUUAUACUGAAUACCCCACAUAACCCUAUUGGCAAGGUAUUUACCAAAGAAGAACUCCAAGUAAUAGCUGAUCUCUGUAUUAAAUAUGACACCCUGUGCAUCAGUGAUGAGGUGUAUGAAUGGCUUGUAUACAAAGGAAAUAAACACAUUAAAAUAGCUACUUUGCCAGGCAUGUGGGAAAGAACAAUAACUAUAGGAAGUGCUGGAAAGACUUAUAGUGUUACUGGCUGGAAGCUUGGAUGGUCCAUUGGUCCACAGCAUCUGAUAAAACAUUUGCAAGUUGUUCAGCAGAAUACGCUGUAUACGUGUCCAACUCCGCUACAGGAGGCUUUGGCACAAGCUCUUUGUAUUGACUUUAAACGCAUGGAUGAUCCAGACUGCUACUUUUACUCACUGUCUCGAGAGUUGGAAAGCAAACGUAAUCGGAUGGCUCAACUACUCCAAGGAGUUGGAUUAAAACCGGUCAUUCCAGAUGGAGGAUACUUCAUGAUUGUUGAUGUUUCUGCACUUAAUGUGGAUCUCUCUGAUAUGGAGGCGAAUCAACAUUAUGAUUAUAAAUUUGUGAAAUGGAUGAUAAAAUCUAAGAAACUGUCAGCAAUUCCUCUUACAGCAUUCUGUGGCCCAGAGACCAAAAAGCAGUUUGAAAAAUAUAUACGUUUUUGCUUCAUCAAAGGCAUGGACUUUUUAUUUCUUCACCAACAACCAAACUCGCUAUUAGUGGAUGCUACACAACACAGGUCCAAGACCCUGCAGUACAAGUCCAUCACCCAUGGUAAGGACCAUAAGCAGUUGGACUUAUUUGGUAGGAAAAUGUAUUCAUCCUUGAUGCUGCAGCUCUUAAUAGUCAAUUACAUGGCACUACUGGCCGUGACUUUGAUAACUAUGCCACAUUGACAGAACUAAUGCAACAUUUCCUGGACGAGAAAAGACCUAUCCUAAAAUCUAUAGUACAGGAAAGCUACACCCCAUCUCGCACAGCAUUGCAGUUGGCACCUGACUCUGCUGAUACAGUCACAAAAGCAAUGGUGACAUCCAUAGUGAUGAGAUGGUUAUCAUACUUACAAGCAGCUGGUAUUUUGAAAUAUCUUCAAAUCAACGUUAAGGACCUCCCAUUCGAUAAGGACAAACUCUUUGUUGCAAAGAUGGACGAGAUCCUUCAUUCCAACAAAGACAUGUGCACUACUUUAUACACCUCCAUACUGUAGGAGGUAUUACGCUCCCUACUAGAGACAGAGAGAUUUUUCUUAUGCCAGGCAACAGCAAAGACCUUUGACCAAAAUCGCAAUAGGGCAAGGAACCAAUGCCAGUGAGCUCCUAAAACCCUCAUGUCGACUCAGCAGUCCUCCAAGCACCAGGUUUGAGGUUUUGGUUGAGGGCCUACAUGACCUGCACUCCACCAGUACCUUGCGAACAAUCAAUAUUUCGCCAUUGUUUGCGUCCUUUUUCCACCAGUGGGCAGCAAUUACCACAGACAGUUGGGUCUUAGAGAUCAUCAAAUGCGGAUACUCCAUUCCCCUUACCUCUGUUCCGCCAAACUUCCCACCC